AUGGUGGAAGUUUUUAUGGAUGACUUUUCAGUAUAUGGAGCUUGUUUCACAUCCUGUCUGUCAAACCUCUGCAAGGAGGGAAUAGUUUUAGGGCACAAGAUCUCAGAAAAGGGGAUAGAGAUCGACAAGGCUAAGAUUGAAGUAAUGGUUCAGCUGCAACCUCCUAAAUCGGUGAGAGAUGUCAGAAGCUUUUUAGGGCACGCAGGGUUCUACAGGCGAUUCAUUAAAGACUUCUCUAAGAUCGCACGACCGUUAACGCGGCUCCUUUGUAAGGAAGCAAAGUUUAUUGUCGACAAGGACUGUUUAGACGCCUUCAACAAGAUAAAGGAAGCUUUGGUGAGCGCGCCAAUAGUUCAAGCACCUAACUGGGACCAUCCCUUCGAGAUUAUGUGUGAUGCAUCAGAUUAUGUUGUGGGAGCAGUACUGGGUCAAAUAAUUGAUAAAAAGCUCCAUGUGAUCACUCAGGAUUUGUCCCUCCGCCUUACCAGAUGCCAUACAUGA